CUACACCUCACCUCACUUCAACUUCCUCUCACUCAAGGGUCUCUUUUCUCAUGUCACUGGAAUCCUUUACUUAAUGCUCUCAUCAUCCCAAUCUGCUCCUACUCAUACCACUCUGUCCAAUCAACUCUCGUAGGCCCGAAAAUGAAGGCUUACAGGGCAGCUGCACGCAAUGCUGGCGCUUCUCGUACAGCCCAGAGAUGCGCUGCCGUGGCUCGUCGCCAUGCCAGCUCCGGACCUCGCCGGCCCGGUGGGAGUUCGGGUAUGGGCAAGGCCAAGGCAUUGCUUCUGACUGCAGGAACUGCUGGUGCCCUGUACUACGCCGACGACCACUUCAACGGACCCCUAAGCCAAUACUUUGGCUCCGAGGUUGGAAAGGAAUCACCCGACGCCGCGCGCAAGCCAAAGUACCAAAAGGCCGAGAUCAAGUUUGAGGAGUCGAGGAAGGCGGCCCAGUCAAAGGAGGAGAACCGCGACCUCAUCAGCUCGCAGCAUCUCCAGGUCAAGCAGAGCUGGGAGAACCCGGGCGUCUAUGCCUGGGGAAGCAACGUCGGCAAAGUAAUUGACCCGCAGUCCAAAGAGACUCUCGUCAAGCUGCCGAGACGGAUCAAGUAUUUUGACGGCCAGCUGCUGAGAGACAUCAAACUGUGCCAAGACUUUGGCGCUGCCGUCACGGAGAAGGGCGAUCUCGUGCAAUGGGGUUUAGGCUUCUCGAAUACCGACCCUUCACCCGUCGAGACGCUCAAGGGCAAAGACAUUUCCAAGAUUUCCAUCUCCAACGACCGCAUCAUCGCACUCACCUCCAGCGGCUCGGUAUACUCGGUCCCAGCGUCAAAGACCGGCCUCGCAGCGGGAAAACAGCUACAGCAGCCCCAGCAGUCAUCCUCCUCCUGGAUCCCCUUCUGGAGCUCGCCCGAAUCCGAGUCCGUCAAGGCCAGAGACCUGACCCCCAAGAACCUCGCCUGGGGCGAAAAAGUCACAGACAUCAGCAGCGGCCUCCAGCACAGCCUUCUCCUCACCUCAAAGGGCCGCGUCUUCUCCGCCGCCUCCAGCACGGCAGAGUACCCCUCCAAGGGCCAGAUGGGCAUCCCGGGUCUGAGCUGGACCUCCCGCCCAGCCGGCCCCUUUGACCAGCCCCAGGAGAUCGCCGGCCUCUCGGGCUUCUCCAUCGCCAAGAUCGCCGCCGGCGACCUUCAUUCCGCCGCCCUCGACAAGGACGGCAAGCUCUUCACCUUUGGCGACAACACCUACGGCCAGCUCGGCCUCCCCGCGGACCAAGGCUUCCAGAGAGUCGACGUCCCCUCCCUCCUCCCCACCGCCAAACUCUACGCCAACACCGGCCUCGUCCCCAAAAUCACGUCAAUCUCCGCCGGCGGCAACAACACCUUCUUCACCGUCGACGCCACCGAAGCCAUCAACGAGAACCCCUUCGCAGCAGCAGCAUCCUCCUCCUCCAUCACCGGCGACCUCGCCCCCGCCCGCCGCAUGCCGCGCGUGACAGCAGACUUCUGGGCCUGCGGCCAAGGCGUCUACGGAUCCCUAGGCACCGGCAAAUGGACACACGUAACCCCCGGCCCCGCCAAAGUAAAAGCCCUCUCCUCGCUCUUCGAAUUCGACGAAAAGGCCAACCGCAUGGCGCCCAUCCGCCUCGCCGACGUCUCCGUCGGCGCCACGCACGUCUCGGCGACCAUGGACAACGUCACGCGGACGGGCGCGACGACGCGGAGCUCGCACAACGAUACCAACUGGGGCGCCGACGUGCUCUUCUGGGGCGGCAACGAGCACUACCAGCUCGGCACGGGCAAGCGCAGCAACCUCAAUGCGCCGGGCUACAUUGGGGCCCUCGACGGCGGUGUGGGCGACGGGCUGAACGGUCGCGCGGGCGAGGUGCAUCGGUUCCAGCUUACGCCGCGGCAGAUUGUGCGGUUGGGGAAGGAUGGUAAGGGUAGGAAGGUGAGUUUGGAGCAGAGGGUUGAGUGUGGGCGGUUUGUGACGGCUGCGUACUCGGCUGUUUGAAAAGAGGCUCUUUGGGGAUUUUGGGUUAGGUAGGACGACGAAAGAGGCUUGAACUCGGCGACUUUUGUGGCAUGUUUCAUGAGUUUAGUCAGGCAUCGUCGUCGUGCUUAGACUCGGCUAUCUAAGCACGAAAGAGAGAGGCAUGACGAAUUGUACUAUUAGGUAUCGGGGGUUUUGCGGCUUGUAAGGAUAUAAAACCUUGUAAUUACAACUAUAAGAAGGGGGGAGAAAGCUCCGAGGCUCUUCUCAGAGACCAUAUUCGGGUCAUGCACGGAGUAUCUCGUCGAUAUAUCGGAGAGAUAUCAUCUCCCAAAGCCAGGAACCUCUCGGGAAAACGGCCGGCCGCCCCUCACUUUUUGGCGUCUGGAAACCGCGCCGGAAAGCUUGGCAAGACAGAAAUUCAACUCAUAUUAUUGCAA